CUGUAAAGCCCCAGAUACCGGCUGUGGUUACAAGUGGAAAAUGUUACUGGGCACUUUAAAGAAGAGACAGGGGCGAGAAUGAGGAGAGAGAGGGAUGAGUGAGUGAUAGAAAGAGAGAGCGAGAGUGAGAGAGAGAGAGAGAGAGAGAGAGAGAGAGAGAGAGAGGGUGGGAGGUUGCAUAAGAGACUGAGGUAGAGAUGUGCGAAAGAUCUUCUGAACUCGUCAGCCCACCAGAGGGGACGACAAUGUGUUUCCUCUCAGGGACCUCCUCCUGUCUUUACUGACCACAGCUCACGAGUCAUAGUGUCGUGGUCAUGGAGAUCCUGUGGUCCGUGUACAUCCAGGUGGUUCUGUUUUCAGUGGGUGCUCACUCUCACAGAGGACUGUCCUGCGUAAAUGACUAUGUCAACAAUGUCAGUUGUACGUGGAACGGCUCUCUGGUGGCUCCUGGUGUUAACUGCUCGAUCUCUGGUCUGACGAGAGCCCGGAUCUUUAGAGGCUACGAGAGAAUUUCCAUUGAAAUAAUUCGAACCUGCAAGCUGGAACGACAUGGAAACUCUCCUCCAGGCUGCAGUUUUGUCUUUGAAAGUGAAGAAUUCAACUCUUACAAAGCUUUGCCCUACAUCCGCAUGGAGUGCGAUGGCAUGUUGGUGGACAGCCUCACAGACUACCAGCCGAAGGAUCACAUCAAAAUGAAUCCUCCAGGUAUUCCCCGUGUCAACAGCACUGUCAAUGAGACCUGGAUAUCCUGGAGUGCAGGCAGUCCUUGCUCGAGGUUCAUCAAGGCCUUUAGGUUCCAAAUUCAGGUCAAACAGAAAAACAAGACAUGGAAGGAGGCCAGAGAUAUGUUCACACACGAAUUGCAGCUAGAAUUACCUUCUCAGCAACUAAAGGGACACUUGCAGGUCAGGGUGAGAGUCUGCACCAUUGGGGAUUUGCUUAGCCAAUGGAGCAACUGGAGUCCAACAACGUCCUGGGUAGGACCAACAGAUACGGCGACAACAUCAGAGGAUGAAUGGUGUCUUCUUGAUUGGACAUAUUUGUGGAGAUCGAUGUUGAGCGUGGGUCUCAUCCUUGUUAUAAUCGUGGUCCUUUACAGGAGUUGCAUGAGCAGACGGUUCCACAACAAGAAGCCGGUACCAGACCCUUCGAAGUAUUUCCACACUCUCCAUUCUCUCCAUGGAGGAAAUCUAAAGAAAUGGCUGAAUCCUCUGUCAGCUCCUGCCUCGUUCUUCACGGCCCAGCCAUGCGACCACAUCUCCCCAGUCGAGUUGUGUGAAGGCUCUGACGUUGCCCCAUCCACCUCUCCAUCCUCCAGCUCCACCACCACCCUGCUUCAGUUCAAGUUCUACCCCUCGGCUGGCUCAGACACCAGCAGGGUCGCUGACAACUCCUCCUCCUCUUCUUCAUCCUGUUUCUCCAACAUGGGCUAUUUCCUGUCCAGCUCCUCCGGCAGCUCAGCUCAAACUGACCCCAAUCCCGCCUACUUCACCUAUCAUGAUGAUUUCCACAAUCUGCACAACAACCUCCACCUCACGCUCUGCCCGUCCUUCACCAACUUUCCAAUCUAUGAGAGCUUGAAGAAGGAGCCUCAGAGCCCGGACUCUGGCUUUGGCAUCGGAAAGGAAGAUGAAGAGGAGAAGGAAGAUAAAAUGGUUGUGAAUGUAAAAGAGGAGGAGGUUAAUCAGCAGACCUCUCCUCUCGUCAUCCUCCCUCUCUGUCUUCCUCCCUGGACAUGCCCUCCCUCCUCUUCUCCUCUACCCCCUCCUAACACUCCCGGUCUAACUCAGGUAUCUACUGAUAGUCAACAAGUGGACACACCUGUGGCAGCUGCCAGUAUUAACUACGCCGCCUGGCCUAUGGCUGGUGCCAUGUGCAGGUCUUCCUCCAUGCCUGUGGAGACCUGUAAAACAGGAUAUCUGACCCUCAAAGAGCUGCAAACCACAUUCAGCAAUAAAUCCAUCUGAAAACUUCAUGUAAUGAAUCUAGAAGAACCCCUAUGUAAUCGUUUUAGGCAGCCUGAAUGAUGGAUUAGUCUAAUCUUUUUUCUUUUUUUUUGAAAAACAAAAUUUAAAUCUAAAUUUAAUGAUUUUUGGUCACUUGGGGUAAGAAGAACAAGCUGAAUUAAAGGUCCAGUGUGUAAGAUUUAGGAGUGUUUACUGACAGGAAUGGUAUACAGUAUCCAUUAGUACGUUUUCAUUAGUGUAUAAUCGCCUGAAUAUAAGAAUCAUUGUGUUUUUCUUGUCUUAAAAUGAGCCCCGUAGUUCUCUGAUCUAGAAAUGAACUUUUUGUUUUUAAUGUGAAUUUGGCAGCCGGAGUUUUUCUCACAUGCUUGGAAGGAGAGGGUGAGUGUAUUCAUUUGUUUGCAAUUUGCUACUUUACUGCUAGGUGGCACUACAUCCUACACGCUGGACGUUUAAAGUUUUCACAGUGAAUGUGUUAACACUUAUUUUGCUUCUCUGGGAAAUACCAUACACUGUAUAAAUAUGGAUGUUGUAUCCAUUAUGUCAUCAUCAGGGUCCUGCCUCUUCCACCUCCCAGCUGAUCUAAAAAAUUAGCUGGCAAACAGGCCGCCUGUAAUGGCAUCCACCUGCUGAUCAAAGCAUAAUGUAUCAUCUUAGUCGGCAAGGACUGAAUCUUUGUAAACGGGGCAGUUGCUCUACCGACUGUGCUGAACGUCACCCAUAAUGUAGCUGAUUUACGUAUAUGUAGCAAUACUGCCGGACUCCUAACAAGUACUUUAAACUUCUACGUUUCACUGCAGUUUAUUUGCAUUAGUGUACAAAUAUGCAUGAAAUAACAUUGCAAAGCAAAGUAUGAACGUAGUUAUUACUUUAAACUAAAUGCUACUGUCACUUAAUAACGACGUUACAAACUGCUUUUUUUUUUGGAGUUUGCUUUUUAUUACUUUAACCUAAAAUCAGACAAAGACAUAUGUUCAAACUACUAAUACCAUUUUAUAUAUAUAUAUAUAAAAAAAAUUUAAAAAGAUAAAUACCAGGGUUUUUUUUGUUCCUGCAGGCAGAUGUGUGAUUUUUAAGAAGUAAAACUUGAUGUAAAUGUGGCUUAAUGUAUGUAAAUAGUCACAAAUUACUUGUGAUGAGGAACUUUUAGAGUCGAAUCACGAGAAGAUGUUAUCGUAGGUGAUGUCUGCUAUCGCUCGCACGAUCUAAGCUCAUGUUUAAGGGUGUGAAAGCAACAUGUAGCAUUAAAUUUGUUGUUGAUGUUUUGUUAAAAGUUGUAAGGCAGCUGGUUUGCCAUCA